AUGGAAAGACUUAAAUAUAGACUGGGUUUUGAGAAUUGUUUGGCAGUGGGUUGUAAGGGGAGAAGUGGUGGGAUGGCCCUAUACUGGAAAAAAGAGAUUGAUGUGGUUGUUAAGAACUUUUCGCGAAGCCAUAUUCAUGCCUCUAUUCAUGACACCAGGGAUGAAGGGGAGACAUGGUUUCUUACUGGGAUAUAUGGGCAACCUGAGGCUCAUAGGAGGCAUGAAACUUGGGAUCUCAUUAGAUCUUUGAAGAUGCCAAGUGAUCAAGGAUGGCUUUUGAUGGGUGAUUUCAAUGAGGUUUUGAGUAACCAAGAGAAAAGUGGGGGGAGGGAUAGAUCAGACAUGCAGAUGCAAGAUUUUCGAGUUGUAGUUGAUGAGUGUGAGCUAUUAGAUUUAGGGUUCCAGGGUACUCCAUUUACGUGGUGCAAUAAUAGAGAAACUGAUCACAGUAUCAGUGAGAGACUUGAUAGAUGCUUGGCUAAUCUUAAGUGGAAGGCGUUAUUUCCAAUGGUUAAAGUCAUUCAUGGCAAUGCAGCUUAUUCAGAUCAUAUUCCCAUUAAGUUACAGUUGCAGUCUAAUGAGUUUCUGAGGAAAGGAAGAAAACCAUUUCACUUUGAGGCAAUGUGGGUGGAGGACAAGAAUUGUCAAGAGAUUAUUAAGAUUGCUUGGGUGGACAGUGCUGGAGAAAGAACAAUGGAGGGGGUGAUGAAACAGAUUAAUAGGUGUGGUGAAAAGCUAGAGAGGUGGAACAAAAAUAGCUUUGGGCAUGUGUAG